AUGUCCGGUCGCGGCAAUGCGGGAGGUCGCAAGACCCUUCUUGCUCCCAUUCACUUCAUCUUCAGACUCCUCCAGCAACGCUCCACAGUAUCGAUUUGGCUCUAUGAGCAGCUCUCUUUCCGCAUAGAGGGCAAGAUCCGAGGCUUCGACGAGUUCAUGAACCUCGUUGUCGACGAUGCUGUCGAGGUCCGACUAGCCACAAAGAGCGACGAAGAGAAGCGGAGAAACUUGGGUCAAAUUCUUUUGAAAGGCGACAACGUCUCCCUUAUCCAGGCAGUCCAAUGA